UUACACAAUGUAAUUACUUACUACUCGGCGAAACCAAGGCUUUGCAAUUCUGAGUGAGUUCAUCGUCGUCUACAAGUACAAGUAGCUUGGUGAUGACUGCUGUGCUGCGGUACGGUGGUCUACGUGUAAAAUUGGUAUGGAUGAGGAGACUAUUUCCAAAGCUGCUGCCAAAGUGCUGGAGCGCCUCAAGUCAGAGGGUGUUUUCGAUGACUUUCGCAAACGAAUCGGAUGCACCAUUGAGGACGAUGAAAAGUUUGUGUACUUGAAGGAGAAGGUGGGUCGGUUUGUGGAAGCCUCCCUGAACUCCCUGACGUGGCCGUGCAAGCGAUCACAGAUUGAGCUUCAAAACCAGCUGCGAUCGGAGCUAACAAGCUCCUCAAUCCUUCGCGACGUGAACCCCCUCGUCGCCAACAUUCUCUCCUCAUCCAUGGACUCUCUGGUGGCGCCGGAAAUUCACAGCAUCGUUGGUGACGUCCUCCACAACAUGUAUUUAAGCCAGGAGGAUCUGGAUGAAGCUGAGCAGGAAAUGGCCCGCCUGCAAGCUGAGGAGGAAGCUGAGGAGGCCGAGCGAAAGAAGUUGGAGGAAGCUGAGGAGCGUCAGAAGGCAGAGGAAGCAGACAGGAAGAAAGCGGAGCAGGCCGAGAAAAAACAAUCGGAAGACGCAGAGAAAGCAGAAAUGGUCGACGAAGAGAGGCUAAACGAUGAAGUUGACGGAAGUGUGGCCCGAAAGUCAAAUCCCACCAGCACCGGUGGGAAGAUCUCUCGGAGUGCGUCGUCUGAACCCCCCAGUGCUGAAUGUGCAGUCACCAGCGAACCUGGUCAGACAGCUGUUAGCGCUCCACCGUCACCAACCAGGCUGCGUUCCACAGCGGCUGCUAUGUCUCCAGUGGCUGCCACCACUCCCGCUGCAGUGUCCAGUUCGGCGGAUUCAGUGUCGGUGUUGCAGGAUGGCGUACUCACUGCCAUUCCCAAUGUCGUUCUGUUCCCGCCGCUUGUGGCCACCAACUUUGAGGAGCCCGCACCGACUAAGACUGCUGCCAGCGUUACCACUGGGAGCAACACGACCGAGAGUGGAGCCGACCCUGGUGUAGCGGAUAGUACGUCGUCGCGCAGUGCCGCGUCACGCCAGCCGAAUGUUACAUCGCCGAUGGACGACUCCUCAAAGCCGGUGUCCAGUCUUGUCACGCCACCAUCCCCACCGCCGCUGAGUAUUGCAACCAAAGCGGUGACAGUAUUGGCUAGUGGUAUACCGGGUGAGGACAACAGCAGAGCUAGUGUACCUCCAGCAUUAUCAGCCAACCUGGCCGCACCAGCACCGCCUGGCCCUUCAGCAGCACCAGAGCGGCAUCACUUCCCACCGAUAGAUGCCGAGUCAUCUCACUUCACUCUUGCGGCUCCACCACCGCCGCCUAAAGCCACGGCUGUCGCAUCUGUCGGCGAGUCGUCCGCAUGCGUGCACGUUGAUUCUGGCGCCUCCUCUACUUCGCUGCCUGGUGCUGAAAGUUCCGCGGACCGGGGUGCUAGGGCCCCUGGUCACCAUGCAAUAGCCCAACACGCCAGCCCUCCUACAUGUCCCUGGCAGCCGCUUGGAGAGACAGACACGUGUAAGGACAACAAGGCGGGUGAUGAUGAUAACAAACGAUCACCACCACAGCCACCACCGCCACCACCACCGAAAACAGCCACACCUGUGACGCAGCCAAGUCCGUCUCAGCCCAAGCCACUGUCUUCACCGCAAGCCCCACAGGCCAAUUCCCCGGUGUCGCCAAUACCUCCAGCAGUCACAUCCAGCCCCACAGCUAGAUCUCCUCCUCGUUCAGCUUCGCCACCACCACCUCUGUCUGCAGCACCAUGUCCAGCCGGCGAAGACGACGCCAAGCAUCCGGCAUUGGCACCAGCAACAGCUAAGCCCGGCUCUAAGGUACAGGCUGCGCCUCGCCGCACUGUCCCAGUGGUCAGCCUGCAGAAGAUCACAUCGCCAGACACCGCUGCCAGGCUGGCAGGGGUGGCAGCACUGGCAUCGGGACACGCUGACUCCAGCCAAGGCGUCGCGAGCGCUGAUGCCGCAGCCACUGACACAGCAAGUGCAGACGUUGCUCGGUCUGGGUCUGCCGUGGAUGAUGAAUACGCUCUAGCCGUCGAUCCAUUGGUCAGCGAGCAGCCGUGCGAUACCCAGCCAUCCAGCGCGGCAGCCGAGCAACAGAAAGCAGAAUCGAAAUCUCCUGCCAAUCCAGCAUACGUCUCCUCUGCUAACGUUGUCGUGGAUGAGAAUGUUACAUCGCCCGUCGACAUCAUGCUUUCCGACCAGGGAGACGGUGGCAGCGGAGUGUGCGACGAGACUCUCUCCGUUAGCUCCGUUCACACCAGCGACCUGUCAUCGUUUGAUAGCCGCAUCUCGUCCGAGUCCGACUCCCCGUCGCCGAGUGCUCCGUGCUCGCCAGCUCCACCACCGGCCGUGUUCACCGCCACCAAGCGCUCGUCGUGUUCCCGAUCACGUUCGGCUUCCUCCAGGAAGAUCUCCUCCUCUACGUCUCCCGAUAGGACUGCGGACAGGUCACCGUCACCGUCGACUCCAUCACCAAAGCGACGGCGGCGACGACAGGGCCGAUCUCGCAGACCAGUGAACAAACCACCAGCAGCACCAGCAACAACACCAGCACCGGCGUGUGAUGAUGUCGGUGUUGCGAAGGAGAAGGAGGACGAUGGGGUGGCGAUGUCACGACGCGACGGCGCUCACGGGUCGCCGUCCCUGGUCGUGCCGUCGCCGGUAGCGUCGCGCAAGUCUCGCCGCUCCAGCCGGCCCACUCGCCGCUACUCUCCCUCUGAGAGACGUCAAUCAUCCGUCACAGCUUCAGCACCACCACCAGCAGCAGCAGUAACAGCAGCAGCAACGCCAGUGAUUGACGAGGUCAGAGUGAGAGCAGUGGCGGCUGCCAAGACCACCACCAUCGCUGGGCUGGCCGGGGUGCGUGCAGCCACCACCAUCGACGACAACUCGCCGUCGAGCUCCGAACCCGGCACGCCUCAGUCGACGUCGGCGCGAUCCCGACGCCAAGCGAGGGCCACGCCCGUUGCGGCGGCCGCGGCACGACUGGGUUCGGAGCGCCGCCGUCGCCACAGCAGCUCAUCGUCGGCAUCGGUUGCCAAGCGAACACGGAGGUCUGCCACCGCCGGUAUGACUGGCGCAGGCACUGGUGAUGGGACGGCGUCUGACAUGGACGUCACCAGUCCGGUCAAGGAGUCUGCGGUCAGGACGUCCGCCAGGCUCAAAUCCAGCACCAGGCACUGACGACGGCACCUGUGCGUGUGUGUGUGUGCGUGUGUGUGAGUCUAACAGUUAGCUGUCUUCUCCAACCCUCUCCAUCUCUAUCCCUAUCUCUUCUGGACUUCGAUAAUUAUGUUGGCACACGUGGGCUAGAGUUGUUGUGGAAAAAUCGGACGUAUCAAUCACUGCCUGUGGCUUUGGGCUACUGUUCGCUUUUCGCUUUUCCAGUUAGACAAGACAUGUGUUUACGUGUUUGAUGCUUCAAAACCACUCUUAUUAAAUUUGGACAGGUUCUUGUCUUCUUGAUCAACCUGGUUUAGGCGUGCGGUUGUUGUGUUGUGUGCUGGCUUUUCAAGCAUCUGAUACGUGAUCAAAAUUUCGAAAAUACUUUGUGUUACAUGUA